AUGGAAGAUUGUUUCGGAGACUCUGAACUUUCAAACCGCUCACCCCGGGUUUGUCUCAAUUGUAAGGCGCGAAAGCGAAAGUGCGACAAGACACUACCUGCAUGUUCUCGCUGUGAUAGGCUCUUGUUGCGAUGUGAAUAUGACAGCACAGACUCUAUUGUUGCAGACAAUGAUUUCUCCAACAUAUCCUCCUCGCUGCGCUUAAUCAGUUCGGUUUUCGGGAGUUGGAUGUCAUGGGUCCGGAAUUUUUAUCUCUCGGUACAGAAAAUGCAUUUGAAUUCUUCUGAGAACUUUGUAUCCACGUAUUUGGUCACAGUUCACAGAUGGUUUCCUAUCAUUGACGAGGAGCGGUUCAAGGACCGUCUUGAAUCCCACUCAUACGAAUAUGACAUAAAUGAUUUUCUCUUGCUGACAAGCAUAUACUUGAUUGUGCGGCGUCCAGAUGAGCAGCAACGCCCAGCAAUUAUGGAUGAUGAUCCAUAUCAGGCUGUGCGGCAUUUCUAUUUCCACGUUUUUGCAGACUUGACCAGCGAGCCAUCAAUACAGUUUCUCCAAAGUGGACUGUUGUUGGCCACCUACGAGUAUGGCCAUGGGCUUGUGGAUGCCGCUCGCAAUACUCUGUUUUCCUGUCUCUCUGCGAGUAUGUUGUUAGGUCUUCACCAGACGAAGGCUCCGUUGGGCGUGGAUAGCGCCUGGAAACGUGCCAUGAAGGAUGAAGCUACGCUGAUUUGUUGGGCCAUUGUUGUUACUGAUCGGAAGCUUCAGCUACCCGUCACAAAGAUAAUCGACGAAGCCAAUCUUCUCUCUGACUUGGAAGUUACGGAGAAUAAAAGUGACGGUAGAUUGUCGUGGGAUCAUGAUGCAUAUACCGCAACAAGCUUCUAUCGUCAAGUCCAGUCUUCGGUGCUAGUUGGAAAUGUGUUAGACCUAAUACUCAAUGCGACAGAUCCAUUUUCUGAGGAAUGUCAAAGACGAUUUAAAGUGUUGGAUUCGCAGCUUCAGUGUGCCAUUCACCUUACUCUACAAACAGAAACUGCGGGUCAAUUGAAUUCCGUUUCUGAGGCUCUGUCCCUGAAUAGAAGCGCGUUCUUCCUAUUAAAUUGGUGGCAGUACGAACAUUCACAGAAGAUCAACAACGAAGCCGCGCUUUUGCAAUCGAGAAUGGCCCUAGAGUCCGUCAUAAGGAUAACAGUAGAGACUGUGAGCGACUUUCUACCACGGAUUUAUGCCGGUUGGUUCAAUGGAGUUCAAUGCAUAUUCCUUGCAGCAGUUACAGCGAUGCAACUGGAUCCUACCAACAGUACGAGAGUGGAAGAAUUGAAGGAAAUGUUGGGAAUCCAGUCGCUUAGAUGGAACUCUGCAGCUGAGUACCUUCGUAUCCUCUAG